UUUUUGUCUUGGUCCACUCCACAGUUUUGAGGAUCUGAUACAAUGACCUCGGUGAUUCCAAACUCUAGUCUUGCCAACCCAACCCCAUGUUUAUCUCAUGUAUCGCAGGGGCCCCCGUCUCAAAUGUCGUCAACAAUAUACCAUAAUCAACAUCGAGCCCCCUAUUCAGAUGAUGACCUACAUUCAGUACAAGAUAACAGUCAGCAACACCUAUCGAAUCCAACUCAACAGUACCGUCGAUUACAGCCUAUUAAUCAGGAGUACGACCUAAAUUACCCUCAUUCCCAUGGUCACCAUAUCCCUUACGGAAGGACAGGCAGAGAUCCUUCCUUGAAAGCAAAAAGCGCUAAACGCGUCAGCAAGUCAUUGCCCCCAGAUCCACUCAUGGGACAGAGGCAUAAGGAUGGCAACAUUAGCUCUAUCGUUCGAUUUCUGAAGCGAUGGAGAUAGAGUGUGCUCACAUCUGCGUUAUAACCACAACAGACCCUUGGUAGGGGUAAUCUGUGGCGAGAGGAUAUUGCAGAAUUUGGGCUUCAUCUCUGCGUGGAUUGGAUUUAUUGAACACAUUAAACACAUUAAUGUAGCCAAUGAGAAAAGGA